AUGGCACAGGCUUUUGUGGGCACCUGGAAGCUAGUGGACAGCACGAAUUUCGACGACUACAUGAAGUCACUCGGUGUGGAUUUUGCUACCAGGCAGGUGGGGAACUUGACCAAGCCCACCACCAUCAUUGAAAUGAAUUCGGAGAGGGUCACCAUCAAGACGCAGAGCACCUUCAAGAACACAGAGAUCAACUUCAAGCUGGGAGUAGAGUUUGAUGAAUUGACCGCAGAUGGCAGGAGGGUCAAGUCCAUUGUGACUCUGGAUGACGGCAAGCUGGUCCACAAGCAGAGAUGGGACGGGCAAGAGACGACGCUCGUGCGGGAGCUGAUCAACGGGAAGCUCAUCCUGACCCUCACUCACGGCAGCGUGGUUUGCACUCGCACCUACGAGAGAGAGGCCUGA